AUGUCUGAAAUAAAUCGUAAUCCAGAAAUUAAAUACACACAGCUAUUUAUAAACAAUGAAUGGCUAAACUCGGAAAACGGUAAUACAUUUGAAACAAUAAACCCGACAACAGAACAAUCGAUAGCUCGGAUACAGUCGGCCGACAAUCGAGACAUCGAUAAGGCAGUCAAAGCCGCCCGACUAGCCUUCAAACGGGGAUCAGUUUGGCGUACAAUUGACGCCUCCGAAAGGGGUCGACUAUUGUAUAGAUUGUCCGAUUUGAUUGAUAGGGAUGCCGACUAUUUGGCCGAAUUGACCACAUUGGACACCGGUGCCGUAUAUAUGUCGGUUAGCCAAUCGAUAGUCAGAGUUGUUAAGAUUAUUCGCUAUUAUGCCGGUUGGUCGGAUAAAUUUCAUGGAAAGACAGUGCCGGCCGACAACGAUAACGGCCGCCAAAACAAAUUGUUGGCCAUUACCCGACUCGAACCGAUUGGCGUUUGCGGUCAAAUACUAACAUGGAAUACUCCAUUGUUUUCAUUGGCGGGUAAAUUGGGUCCCGCAUUGGCCACCGGUAAUGUUGUUGUCGUUAAACCCGCCGAACAGUCAACUUUAGCUAUACUAUAUGUGGCCAGUUUGAUAUUGGAGGCCGGUUUUCCGGCAGGUGUUGUCAACAUAGUACCCGGUUCUGGCCAGACAGCUGGUCGUGCACUGGCCGAGCACAUGGAUGUGGAUAAAGUAUUUUUCAACGGCUCCACACGUGUCGGACGACUCGUUCAGUUGGCUGUCGGCCAGUCAAACGGCAAAAGUCUAUCGCUUGAAACGGGUAGCAAAUCGCCGCUUAUUAUAUUUCCGGACACCGAUAUCGAUAGUGCAGUAUUAGAAGCGCACCAGACAACAUUCAAUAAUCAAGGUCAAACUUGCUGUAAACCCGGUCUUAUUUAUGUUCACGAAUCGAUAUACAAUAAAUUUGUUGAUAAAUCGGUAGAGUUGGCCAACAAAUCGAUAGUGUUGGGCAAUCCGUACGAUUCGUUAACAAAUUUUGGUCCACUAAUCGAUGGCCGACAAUAUGAAAAAGUUAUGUCAAUGAUAGAGACGGGUGUCCGGGAAGGCGCCCGACUGUUGACUGGUGGCAAACGAUGGGGUACUCAAGGAUACUAUAUUGAGCCCACUGUUUUUGCCGACAUCGAGGACAGUCAUGCUAUAGCCAGAGAGGAAAUUUUCGGACCGGUUCAGUGUAUACUUAAGUUUAGUACAAUCGACGAAGUCAUUGAUAGGGCAAAUAACAGUGACUACGGUCUGAAUGCGGGUGUUUUUACCGAUGAUAUCAACAAAGCACUGGUAGUCGCCAGUGAACUGCAAGUCGGAAAGGUAGCCAUCAAUAUGCACCGUUCGUUUAGAGUGCAGAUGCCGUUCGGCGGUUGCAAACAAUCAGGAUUUGGCCGAGUAUUUGGCAAAGACUGUCUACGAGAGUAUCUCAACGUCAAAUCGGUAAUCGUCAAGAUAAACGAUAAAAACUUGCUGGAAUAA